AUGAAAGAAUUAACAACGAAUGAAAAUGAAAAAGUGGAAUUGAUGAUUAAAGGAGCUCAAUUGGGUGAUUAUACUAUGCAAUUUGAUUUGGCUAAUUAUUAUAAAACUAGUGAACAACAUUCGGAGGCAAUACAAUGGUUUUUGAAAGCACUAGCUCACAAUAACAAAAAAGAAAAUCUCACUAUUUAUAAUUAUUUAGGAAACUGUUAUUUGGAAGGAUCUGGUCUUGAAAAAGAUAUUAAAAAGGCCCAAUAUUGGUUUGAAAAAAGUGCACUGAAAGGAAAUGCAUAUGGUCAAUUCGGUGUUGCAUCCUGUCAUGAUGAAAAUCAUUCUUAUACCAAAGCAUUUGAAUGGUAUAAAAAAGCAGCAGACCAUGGGGACUCUAAUGCUUUAUUCAAUGUUGCUUAUUGUUAUGAAUGGGGUGAGGGUGUUGAAAAGGAUCUCUCCAAAUCAUUUGAAUGGUUCCUAAAGUCUGCUGAAAAAGGAGAUGCUGAAGCUCAGUAUCGUAUUGGUAUGCGUUAUACAAUGGGAAAAGGAGUUGAAAGAGAUUUAUAUAAGGCAUUCAAUUGGUAUUAUAAAUCCUCCAAAAACGGAUAUAUAAAUUCCAUGUUUCAACUUGGAUAUAUGUAUGCUAGUGGUAAAGGAACAUCGUUUGAUGGAGCUAAAUCAUUGAAAUGGCUAAGUAGGGCAAGUGAAGGUUACGAACAUGCUAAAACAGUUAUUGGAUUUUUAAAUCAUUUUGGAUUGAAUUCAAUGAGCAAGGAACUCAAUUAUGCUGAUCAAAUGAAUAUUUCAGAAUCAAUUAAGAAGAAUACAAUUGAAUCUCUUCGCAAGUGUGGUGCUUGUGAUAAUAUUUGCAAGGGAUUUUUCAAAUCAACUUUAGAUGGCGGAUUAUCUUUUAAUGUUUGUAAUGAUUGUUUAAAAUGUAUGGAUUUGGAACAGAUCAAGGAAAAAUUUAAAUCUGAAAUUGGAGACAGAAUACUGUAUCACACUCAUUACCUUGCAAAUUUCCUUCCUCUCAUCAUUUAUUGUAGAGAUGAGAAUAAGGUUGUUAAUUCAAACCUGGAGAGUUUUAUUACACAACUGGAAGAUUGUGCCAAAGAAUAA